CUGUGGCCUCAUGACAUGCCACAGCAAAUCAGUUUUCUGUGUCACUGCUGCAGAACAGGGAGACAGAGGUUCUGGAGAGUGGGGGAUGGGAGCAGAGUCGGACUGGGAUGCUGGAACUCUGGGAAAAAAACGGUGGGCCCCAGCUGUGCCAACGUGAUCCCCGCAGGGAGCUACACUGAUCUGCUGGUCCCUCUCCCGAUUCACUUCAGCAGUCGAUCCUCAAAAACCUUUAAACCAAAGAAGAACAUCCCAGAGGGGUCGCACCAGUACGAGCUGCUGAAGCAUGCGGAGGCUACGCUCGGGAGCGGCAACCUUAGGCAAGCGGUAAUGCUGCCCGAGGGGGAGGAUCUCAAUGAGUGGAUUGCAGUUAAUACUGUGGAUUUCUUCAAUCAGAUUAACAUGCUAUACGGGACAAUAACUGAAUUCUGCACUGAAUCCACGUGCUCGGUCAUGUCAGCCGGACCCAGAUAUGAAUACCACUGGGCAGAUGGCACCAAUAUAAAGAAACCCAUCAAGUGUUCCGCUCCAAAAUAUAUUGAUUACUUGAUGACCUGGGUUCAAGACCAACUUGAUGAUGAGACUCUUUUUCCUUCAAAAAUUGGUGUUCCUUUCCCUAAGAACUUCAUGUCUGUGGCAAAGACUAUCCUGAAGCGUCUGUUCAGAGUGUAUGCCCACAUUUACCACCAGCACUUUGACGCUGUGAUGCAGCUACAGGAGGAAGCUCAUCUCAACACUUCAUUUAAGCAUUUCAUUUUUUUUGUACAGGAAUUUAAUCUGAUUGACCGCAGAGAGCUGGCUCCUCUUCAGGAACUUAUUGAAAAGCUGGGAUCCAAAGAUAGAUAGAUUUUUGUUUUCAGUUGAGACAAACUCUAUUCUUCUAAUGAAAACCCAGUCUUCUCUCUUUCAUGCAGUGUAACCAUUAGCUACCUGAAGGGAAAUCCUGAUGCCACUAUUGAGGGGAGAUAUUUACUGAAGAUUUUCCACUUUUUUUUUAUUUUUUAAAUACUAAAAGUGAUAAAUUGCCUUGCAUUAUAAUUAUUAUAAAUGUACACAUUCAUAGAAAUGCUUUAAGGGCCUUGUGGCAUUUUGGUUUCAUUCACGUUUGCUGUUUUGUUUUUGCUGGAAAAUAGUUAGGAUUCCAUUGUUAUCCUCACCGCAGAGGUGUCUGAUAUGCAUAUAGCCUUUGCUAUACAGAGUAACUAUGCAGCCUACAAUAUUCGUGUCCACCCCAUGCUGCGUUUCACUUUCCACAGGUUUUUUUUUUUAUCCUGUGCUGAUCAUUAUGCUGCAACUGCUCAGCUGGUUUUGUGUUGUAUUGCAGGACUUUCCUAGCAAUGAAAAAACUGACUCUUGUUUCUGGGGUGGGGGGGGAAAUGCUGUGCAAAUAAUUUCUGACUAAGACCUUUAUAGUAGUUGCAAUAAGAUUAUGAUCUUCAUUGUGUGUUGCUCACUGCCACUUAGGGUGAAUCACUGUGAUCAUCGGCUUUAUGUUUUUAGGUCUUAUGCUCAUCAGGUUUUGUUUAUAGGCGUUUGUUUUAUAAGACUUGAGUUUGGUAGGUAUACUCCAGAAAUGUGUGUUUUUUUUAAAAACAAACAAACAAAACAUUGUGUUAUAUAUAUAUAAACCUUCUUCAUACAUUGUAUUCAGUAAAACUAGGCUAUUUUUGAGAAACAGAAUAUAUAUUUUUAUAAAUAGGAAAGUAGUAUUUGGUAGGAAAAUCUAUUCCAAUACAUUACUUUGUAUUAGAUAAAUUAGUGAAAUGCAAAACAUAAGACAUCUGAACAAUGCAUAGAAGAUUAAAUAUUUACACAAGCAAUUGCCUGUGGUAUUUUAGAAACCUCUUUUAAUGCUGGAUGUUAACCACAAAGAAACCUAUUUAGGGCUUAACUUUUUUUUUAUUAGUUCGUGUUUUCUGUGUGGUGAAAUAAAGGAGGGGGGGCAUGAACAUUUUUCCAAAAUUUUAGAUGCACUUUGUCUUUGCCUCAGAGCCUUAACUAAAAAGUAAACGGAUUUUUAGGCGCAAUGCAAUUAGGAUGUUAAACAUAGAAAAGGCCUCUUCUAUGCAGUUGUGCCACUUAACAUUGGAUUUACUCUGUUGUAGCCACAGAAGGUGACAGAAGGAUUCUGAAAAUGUGUCUCACCAGCAAUGCUUAAUAUAACCUUAAUUGUUUUAGUCAUGUAUCCAGUGGCCUCAGUUAUUUUAUUUUUUUGUGUGUGGUUGUACUGACCUUAGAGAACACACCCUGUUACCAGAGCAGGAUAAAUCUAUGACCACUAAACUCACUUUCCCUUUUUUAGAUAUAUAAACUAAUAAAGUGCUAGCUUAUGUGUCUUGCUACCAAGGUCAAUGACACACUGUACAUUUUGUCACCUAUGUUGAAAUUGCAUACAGCAAAAAGUCUGAUAUAUGUCAUUGCCUGCAGUGCAAUUUACUCAAAUUAUGAGAACGCCUUGGAAGGUAUUUUUGCGUGAUUUGUGUAAUUUACACAGGGUAUUUUCAAUAUUCAUUUUUAUAAACCCCGCAGUGAAUUUUAGAUAAGUCUGCAGUGUAGCCCAUGCAGCUCUUAGGCCUGCCACUCCAUGGUGCACGGGGAUAUCCUGCUUUUAUCUGGUUUGUAGGAACGGGACCAUUUAAACUGAAUUUUUAGAAGAUGGCUUUUAAAUAUCAAUUUCACAUGUGCCAGCUGAGUGAUAUUUCUGUUUAGUUUCAUGUUUUUGUUUUUAUGAGCAUUGUAAUAAAAGAUUUUGACCCUAA